AUGGAGUCCCACAACAACAACAGCUUGAGCGUAGACAUGGAGAAAGAUCAAGAAAAGGCUUUCGAUUACUCAAAACGAGCUCAAUGGCUACGAGCUGCCGUCCUAGGUGCCAACGACGGUCUUGUCUCGACGGCUUCGCUUAUGAUGGGUGUCGGUGCGGUUAAGCCAGACGUCAAAACAAUGAUCCUAACCGGUUUCGCCGGUUUAGUUGCCGGAGCUCUUAGCAUGGCGAUCGGAGAGUUUGUCUCCGUUUACUCUCAGUACGACAUAGAGGUGGCUCAAAUGAAGAGAGACAACGGAGGAGAGGUAGAGAAAGAAAAGCUUCCGAGCCCGAUGCAAGCGGCUGCUGCGUCUUCUUUUGCGUUUUCUAUAGGAGCGGCUGUGCCUUUAUUGGCGGCUGCGUUUGUGAAAACGUAUGAACUGAGGAUUGGAGUGAUUGUUGCGGCGGUGACGUUGGCUUUGGUUAUUUUUGGGUGGUUAGGAGCGGUUUUGGGGAAAGCGCCGGUGGUUAAGUCGUUGGCUAGGGUUCUGCUUGGAGGAUGGUUAGCUAUGGCGGUUACGUUUGGUGUGACCAGACUGGUUGGAUCACAUGGUUUGCGAUAG